CUGGUUUAACGUGCAGGUGGUGAGGGAAAGCAAGCCGGACGCUUGUCACGCACGCAGCACCGUGCUACACCUUCCGAACACCGACGUUGCAAGCGCAAAGCGUUACAGUAGACCCUGCCGCCAUGAGUAGAGGUAUCCUCGUUGUUCUCCUGACCUCUUUGAGUAUUCAUGCAGGAUGCGGGGAAUUGUCAGACAUGAAAAAUGAGUGCCCUACAAUCCCUAGGGAUCCCAAAGAAUAUGCAAGAUUACAUCCCAUGUCCUGCAUAUACUACUGUGGACAAGAUGAAAAUGGAAUCUGGAAAUAUGGCUUUUUCAAGAAUGACACACGCUGUCAGUAUACAGUAAGUUACAACGGAUUCUGUCACAAUGGAAUCUGCUAUAAAUACAAAGGGGGACACCAGCUCCCUCCGAGUACGACCGUAGUUCCACCAUCAGAUACAGCAGCGACAACACAAUCAACCAGAAAGCCUGCAAGAAAAUCGAAGAAACCGAGGCGAGGAUCCCAGCCCCCUCCGACUACCACCGUGGAUUCGCCAUCAGAGACAGCAGAGGUAACACCAUCAACCAGUAAUCCCCCGAGAAAACCGAAGAAAUCGACACCAGGGCCCCAGACUCCUACGACCGUGAUUUCGCCAUCAGAGACAGUACAGACAACAUCGUCAACUGAAAAACCUCCGAAAAAGCUACAGAAACCAAAGGCAACGAAGAAGUCCAAAAAACCCAAGAGAACCUAAACUGCAGCAGCUUCACUAGAGACUCCCGUAGGGAUGAUAAACAGAAGUUUUAGCGCUACUAAGGCGAACUUGAAAAUAAAUGAAUGGGAAACAUCUUCUCGGCA